CCCAACAGCCGCCAGCAGCAUCGACGAUCAGUACAACAUCCCACUUCCAGUUCCAGUCGUUUUUUCCUCCCUCGGCUAAAGCAAACAAACGAGGGAAGAAAAAACAGACAAACAGAAGCAAGCGGAACGAAUAUGCUUUCACACAACACAUCAACACAACCAAAACGCCAACAUAAAAGUCAACCAGCAGCCAAGGUGGCCUACUGCUGCGAGUAGCGCAUGUCGAGGGGGCGUGGCUUCGAGUAUUGUGGAAAACGCGCUACCGGUAUUUCCACUUCUGCUAACAAACCAACACACAUAGCAAGCGGCGGACGAAUGUCUGCGUAUACGAACGGAAAAACGGAAGAAAAACAUGGUGCGGUUACCAACGGCAACGUUGUCCGUUUGCGUACUGUUUUGAUGGUAUUGGUUCCCGGUUUCUCACAAACGAACCAGUUGGUGGAUCGAUUCCGGUUUCCCUCCCGGCGUGGUGGCGGAGCUAAGCAAGCAAGCAUGAUGAAAAAGCGACCGAACGAUGUAGAGACAUUUUUCACCCGUUGCGCCAGAGUUCGGGUUCAGUGGCGUGCGAGGCGUUGCAUCGAUCAGUUGUUCGUUGUUUCAGAGUGAGUCGCCCGGCUUUCUCAUUCGUUGGUCGUCGCCAGGUUGUUUCCUUGCGUUUCGCGUCCCAUCCCUGGAUUAACGGUGGCGCGCACUGAACAAGGUGGGGAUUGGGAAUACGAGAUCUCUACAAGGCGUCGUCUCGUCUUGUCCUCGUCAACGUGCGGCAUCUUUAAUUAAUCUUGACGCGGUGCCGGUGCCCGAUUGUUGCUUCUCAUUUUUCACCAAAACCUCCCGGGAGCAACGACAACGGUGUAUUUGUUGGGUAUUUCUCCUACUGUGAUAUUCCUGGUGCACAAACGGAGUGAUCCUCCGAAAGCCUGUUUUUCAAAAGUUUACAACCUCAUACCUCGCUUAGAAAAAACAAAACAUCUGAAGAUAUGAAGAUCUAAAAAGUGCAAACUAUCUCGUAACACAAUCUAAAAAAAAUCCAAGUGCAAGUGAUCUGUGUCAAAAUCUGUUUCCUAUUGUUAAGUGAAAGCUAAAAAACCACCAAUAAAAUGCUGGUCCCCCCGGAAAUGAUUGCCGUGCAAUCGAAGCUCAUCUACCAGAUGAACAAAUACUGCGCCGAUCGGGUGCAAGCCCGCAAGGCUCAGAUCCACAAAACCAUCCAGGAGGUGUGCCGCGUCGUUCAGGACGUCCUCAAGGAGGUCGAAGUGCAGGAACCGCGUUUCAUAUCCUCCCUCAACGACUACAACGGCCGUUUCGAUGGCCUCGAAGUGAUCUCCCCGACGGAAUUCGAAAUCAUCAUCUACCUCAACCAGAUGGGUGUCCUGAACUUCGUGGACGACGGAACCCUGCCGGGAUGUGCAGUGCUCAAACUCAGCGACGGCCGGAAGCGGUCCAUGUCCCUGUGGGUAGAAUUCAUCACUGCUUCCGGGUAUCUGUCGGCCCGGAAAAUCCGAUCUCGCUUUCAAACGCUAGUGGCCCAGGCCUGUGACAAGUGUGCCUACCGGGAUUCGGUGAAGAUGAUUGCCGACACGACGGAAGUGAAGCUCCGGAUACGGGAGCGGAUUAUCGUGCAAAUUACGCCCGCGUUCAAGUGUGCCGGACUGUGGCCCCGGUCGGCAUCCCACUGGCCGCUGCCGCACAUACCGUGGCCACAUCCGAACAUUGUGUCGGAGGUGAAAACCGAGGGAUUCGAUAUGCUGUCGAAGGAAUGUAUCGCGCUGCAGGGCAAAAAUUCGGCCAUGGAGGGCGACGCGUGGGUGCUCAGUUUCACGGAGGCGGAGAACAAAUUGCUACAAGGUGGCUGCCGACGGCGAUGUUUAAGCAUGCUGAAGACGCUCCGAGACCGACACCUGGAUCUACCCGGCAAUCCGGUCACCUCGUACGUCAUGAAAACGCUGCUCCUGUACGAGUGCGAGAAACACCCGCGAGAGCUGGAAUGGGACGAAAAUUGCAUGGGCGACCGAAUCAACGGCAUCUUCCUGCAGCUGAUCUCGUGCCUGCAGAAUCGACGCUGUCCCCACUACUUCCUACCCAACAUGGAUCUGUUCAAAGGCAAAUCUCCCGGAGCCCUGGAGAACGCCUCGAAGCAGGUCUGGCGACUGACUAGGAUUAUGAUUACCAACUCCAGGUGCUUGGAGGAACUCUAAGAGAGUUGGGUGGCCGACGAUUAUGUGGAAUAUUUUGAAUCUCUUAAAAGUGAAAAGUGACAAAAAUAUUAUAGCGCAAAGAUUAGUCACAGUGAGGAGUCAACGAGAUGUUUGAGAACUCGAGAGAGAGAAAAAAGAGAUGAAGACAAAGAGAGUGUUUCGUACUAGUUCAAGUAAUCUAAAUUAUCUUAAACUACUCAGUAUACUAUUAGUUAUUAAUUCUAUUCGAAAGCAAGCACAAAUAAUCUCAAAAUAAUUUAUGUCUACUCACUAAGAAAGAAACGACGUAUACCGAAAUUUUUAGAUUCUAAGCUUUAAAACAAUUGCAUCUGACAGAUGUCUUUUAUAAAAUUUGAAAAUAACAAAAAAGUAAAAUAUCCUAAUAGUCGAA